AGAAGAGAUGAAUAGCGUAGAAGAAGAACACAGUUGUUUUGUUUUUUUUCCCCCACCAGAUGGAUCGUCUGCUGUACAACAUCCUUCGUAAUAUAAACUCUUUAAACUAAAAUAAUGUAUUCGUAUCCACAUUAGGAGAAAUAAAAGGACCAAACUGAAUGUGUUUAAAGCGAUAACAAAAAUGGCAGGUCGAUGCAGGCUGGUGUCCUGCCUGUGUCUGGGCCUCUUUGGAGUCUUAUGCUGGGUCUGGGUCUCAUUUGCUUCCUUCCCCGAUGACCAUCACGGAAUGGUGUCCUACGAUGCAGCGGACCAAGCAGCCUUCAAGCCCCAGAGUGCUCUCGCUGACAUGGACUUUGCCCCCGUCAGCUCAUACCGAGGACCUGGCAACCAAGACCAACGCAGCAACAAGGAGCUUCCUAUCAUCUUGUGGUGGAGCGGAGGCUUAUUCCCACAUUUCCCCGGGGAUACUGAACGAAUAGACUGCGCCACCUCGUCCUGCCUGGCCACAAGUAACCGCAAGGUCCAGCUGUACAAGAGGACAGCAUCCAUCAUUUUCUACGGUACGGACUUCCGGGCCUAUGAAGCGCCACUCCCUCGUCUGCGUCACCAGACGUGGGCUCUGUUUCACGAAGAGUCUCCCAUGAAUAACUACCUCCUCUCUCACGGCACGGGGAUCAAGUUGUUCAAUUACACCGCCACAUUCCGCAGGGAGUCCGACUACCCUUUGACCCUGCAGUGGCUGCCAUCCCUCAGCUACCUGCUGCAGCCUGUAGCGGUGACCCUGAAGGAGAAGAAUCGGCUGAGGCGGGAAGGCUUCGCCCCCGUGCUCUACAUGCAGUCCCACUGUGACGUGCCCUCGGACAGAGACAGAUACGUCCGUGAGCUCAUGAAGUACAUCCAGGUGGAUUCUUACGGGAAAUGUCUGAACAACAAAGCUCUGCCAAAACACCUGGAAGACACGUCCACCGCCACAGGUGAGGAGGACACGUUUAUGCGAUUCGUCAGCCGCUACAAGUUCCACCUGGCGCUGGAGAACGGUCUCUGUCCGGACUACAUGACAGAGAAGCUGUGGCGGCCCCUCCAUCAGGGCUGCGUUCCCGUCUACCGCGGCUCCCCCGUGGCGGCGGACUGGAUGCCCAACAACCGCUCUGUCAUCCUAAUCGAUGACUUCCCCUCACCUAAAGCUUUGGCAGACUUCCUCAAGUCUCUCGACGAGAACGACGGCGAAUACGUCCGCUAUUUAGAGUUCAAAAACAUCCGCGGCGUGACCAACGUGCGUCUGCUGGACGCCCUGGAGAGCCGAGAGUGGGGGGUCAACGACAUGAGCAAACCCAACUACCUGAAUGGAUUCGAGUGCUACGUGUGCGAGCAGGAGAACGCACGGCUGGCUGCAGAACGAGCAAAUAGGAAAACACCCGAGAAGAGCCCGCCUCCACCACCCAAGAUGGCGACCAACGCACACAUGGGGUGCCCCCUGCCCAGUCCGGGGUACGGAGACAUCCUGGACCUGCCUUCAGAUGAGGGAUGGUUACAGAUGUGGCCUCAGGACUACUGGCAGAGUCUGGACCAAGCGGAGGGGCUGGAGUCUCUGAUAAGAAAGAACGAGUCGGACCCUUCGCUGCUGUGGAAGCACAUCCAAAGAAUGGCAGCGAGCAGAGCCCGGGGCAAACACUGACGUGGACCGUGAAGGACGUCCAGGAGCCCAGAAGUGUCCCGUACUAUGCAGCCGCUCUUUGCUUGUUUUGUUAAAGAGGCUUUUCAUUCGCACCCGUGACAGUUUUGCUGCUCCCUAGUGGGCACUUUAAUUGAUUUUGGUAUUUUAUAAAGCAAGAUACUUUUAAGUUGAGUGAUGUCCCAGCGCUGGGGAUGAAGUUAAAAGUGGUUCCACAGAGACACGUUGCCAGGAGGGGAGGGGAAGACAAGCUUGUGGUGGAGCGCAGCCAAGCUUGAUCCAGCUUGCCAACGACUGUGUUGUGUGAGGACAAUCAGGACAGUAGCCACUGGACUUAAGUUUUUUUUAAACUAUUAAUUACUAGCCCUAAUUGCUGUGUUUUAUCUAACAAUGCAAACGUGUUCACAAGAAACCUCAAGUUACUUUUUUUAUGCAACCAAAUGUGCAAUUCUUUUUUUAUUAUUAUUUAUAUAGCACACUAUAUUUGUUACAUGUUUUAUUCUAUGAACAAGCAUCAAACAAGAUAUUUUUGUCGUAUGUAUUUUGUAAGAAGUCAUAUUUUUUUUAAAGCAAAGUAAAGCAGUAAAUGAUAUUGCACCCCAUAAUGCCUGCACUGUAUUGGCAGAUAAGCCCAGAAGGAGUCAUACUCAGAGCACAUUAGGAUUGUUUGUUAUCAAUGGCAAUAUUCUGGCUAGAGAUGACACAAUAAAGUGGCCAAAGACUGUAAAAAAGAAGUUGUGUUGUCUUAUAUAUAAAUAUGUCUCAUCCUCUUGUUUUGACUUUAUUCCCAUCUUAUUGGAGUAUUUUAUACUUAC